AGUAAAACCUUCCCAAGCCAUUCCUUCUUCCCAACUUAUUAAGAUCAUGGCUUCAAGGACAACCUCUUCUUUCCAAAACUUCCCACAAAUGCCCGAUCCAUCUUAUGAAAUGGCGGGUGAUGAAGAAGGUCAUCCCCAUCACACCGUCGUCUUCCCAGCAGCUAUUGAUUCCAUCAGGACCUGCCCCAGCUCUGAGUCAACCACAAGCCCGUCAACCUUGCUUGUCUACAACCUCUCCGUCUUAAGGAACAAGGUCCACCAGGUGCAAUCUCUUGUAACCCUCCUCAUCUCACCCGAUCAAGCACAAGCUGAACCGGCCUCGACUGUGGUGUCCUCUAUGGGAACCCUAAUCCAAGAAAUCAUAUUCACUGCUUCCUCUAUGAUGUUCACUUGCCAACAAAUGGUCACCACCGACAAUAAUACCAAUUCUGGUACCGUUAGUCCUCACUUUUCUGAUGAAUUAUUAUCUCACAAUCAGUUGAGCAAUAAUCAUGCGCUUGAUCAUGCACUGGGUGGCGAUGAACAAGUUGGAAGGAAUUUGUAUCCUGAAACCGGCCUCAAUUGGUAUAACGAUAACCAGAGUAAUGUUAUGUCCAUGACCACCAGCAUCAACAAUGAUCACAUCAAUUCUUCGAGCACUCAUCUGAACAAUACGUCUAUGGAACCCAAAAGAGAAGCCCAGAAGUUACCACAAGCCCCCGAUGGCAGGGAUCAAACUUAUUCAUCUGAUUGCGACAUCAUCGAGUUGGAUGCUACCGAGUUAUUAGCCAAGUACACGCACUAUUGUUCCAUCUGCGGGAAAGGGUUCAAGCGUGACGCAAAUCUGAGGAUGCACAUGCGGGCCCAUGGAGACGAGUAUAAGAGCAGCAGUGCCUUAAGCAACCCCCUUAAGAAGAGAACAGGUAUCGAUCCCAAUGGGAACAUCAUUAAUAAUGACAAUGAAGAGCAUAUCAAUGAUAACCCGGUGAAUAAGUUGCCGAGGAAGUACUCGUGCCCGCAUGAGGGGUGCCGGUGGAACCAGAGGCACACCAGGUUCCAGCCUCUCAAGUCGAUGAUAUGCGUGAAGAACCACUACAAGAGGAGCCACUGCCCAAAGUUGUUCGCGUGCAAGCAGUGUAAUGCAAAGCAAUUCUCGGUCUUGUCCGACCUCAGGACGCACGAGAAGCACUGCGGGGACAUCAAGUGGCAGUGCUCAUGUGGGACCACGUUCUCCAGGAAAGACAAGCUGAUGGGCCACGUCGCAUUAUUCAGGGGCCACUCCCCGAUGGUUAACCUGAGGAAGCCAGCCGGGAACGCCGAGCAAUUGAGCAUGCUCUCGAUGCAGAUAGGUGAUAGGCAAGGAAAUUUAUAACUUAAUGCAUGGUUUAUGUGUUUGUUCUCGAUGACCAUUAGUAGGUUACGUUUGUGUGCUGUUUUCUCUCUUUUUCCAGGUUUAUGUGCAUACAUGUACAUAUACCGAGCAUCGGUUUUCUGAUGGUGUGUUGAUUGAGUUUUGUAGUAGUACGAUCAUGUGAUUGGUGUAAUAUAUAUUUUUUUUGGGCGUAUUAUUUUGAUGCUGG